UGGAGCAAUUUGAUGAGUUGCUUGGCAAAACUUGAUUCAGCUCAGGGAAGCAACAUUAUUGUCACUACCCGUAGUGCCAAAGUUGCAUCAAUCACAGAAACACUUACUAGAUGUGGUUUGGAGAAUCUAUCAGAUGAUGAGUGUUGGUCAAUAUUGAAGGAUAAAGCAUUUCUUGACGGUAGUGCUUCUAUAACUCCUGAUCUGGAGAGAAUCGGAAGGAAAAUCGCGGAAAGUUGUGCAGGCGUACCACUAGUGGCAACGUUUUUGGGAAGCAUGAUGCGCUACAGAAAUAGUAGAGAUGAAUGGCUGUCAAUUCAAAAAAGUAGAAAAUGGGAUUUACCAGAAGAAGAGGAAAGAAUCAUGACCGUUUUGAAGUUGAGUUUUGACAAUUUGAAAUCACCAUCAUUGAAACAGUGUUUUGCAUAUUGCUCAAUGUUCAGAAAAGGCUCUGAAAUUGAAAGGGAUAACUUAAUUCAACUUUGGAUGGCUCGAGGAUGGCUCCACCCUUCUCCCAAUCAGAGUAAUUUAGAAAUGGAGGAUAUAGGUAAUGACUAUUUUAAGAUUUUAUUGGAGAACUCCUUAUUUCAAGAUGCAACAAAGGAUUACUACGGUAAUAUUACAAGAUGCAGGAUGCACGAUCUUGUGCAUGAUCUUGCAGAACUUGUAUCGAAAUCUGAGAGCUUCAUGCCAGAGUCUAAUAAGAUUGAUGAUGUACUUGACAUCCGACAUGUGACACAAACUCCUACUUCAAUGCUACAAAGGAUUUCGAACCAAGUCCAUUAGUUAGGGAUGAACCCCGUAAACAAAUUUGUGUGCUGCUUGACUAUUGUUCUUCUUCAUCUUUUUCUCUUGGUCUUCAGGUGCUUUUGGGCCAAGAAUUGUUCCGAUAUUCCUAUUAAUUGGCAUCACAGCUGGUUUGUUCUUAUAAAUCAGAGAAUUAAGGGGAAAUUUCAUUAGAGAUGGUUGCAAGAUCACUCAAGUUUAGUGAGAUUGACAUGUUUGAAUUUGAUAGAAGAAACAAUUUUUCAGCAUGGAUAGGUGAGGUGAAGAAUGUUUUGGUCAAGGAGAAACUAGGAAUAGCUCGGGAAAGCCUACUAUAAUGAAAGAGGAAGAUUGCAUUGAACUCGAUAGCUCUAUUAUGCGGUCGU